GUUAUCUGGUGCGUUCGAGAGCGCAUGGGGAUGUGCACCCCGAGGUUAUACUAUCGCAGGAAAAACGAUGGGAAAGUGGUACUGUGUAGAAAUACGUAUGCGGCAGGCGGGGCUCGUGGGCUUGUCUGUAACAUGUGGUGGGACGUCCGUCAUCCGACCACCAUUUGGGCCGUGGGCUAGAAUUGGAGGUUCCAUCUGAUCCGUGGGACAGAAUCUUCGGGAGUACGGUUAGUGGGCUUGGGGGGAAGAACUGAAUGCGUAUUCCAGGGCCUUCUCCCCAAAAUCGACGGCCUCAUUCAGUUACGGGCGGCUGGAGAAGUUUGGGCGACGAGCGCCGCCGGCGACCAGCAAUGGAGUUCCUGCUGCAGCCAAUCCGCGGAUCCGCUUUCUUGGAAGAGGUAGGAGAGAGUCUGGUGCCGCCGGUGGUUCCUGAACUGGGCUCUGUGGCGGUGGAGCAGCAUGUAGAAGACAUGGUGGUCGAGCUGCCAGUGGUGCAGCAGGAGAUGUCGUCCCAUGUGCACCAAUCCGCCAGCGGCCAUGCGCAGAUUGUGGCUGGACCGGCGUCGGGCGGAGUUAGGUUGGAGAGCUCACCGCCGUCGUCAGAGUUGUCCACUAGGAAAAUGACUCCGCGAGCCCCUGGGUGGAACAAGAGGUUGAGGAUUGGAGCUGCUGCCCCGAGUAGGCCACCGUGUCCAAACCGCAUCAGCGCGUUUGAGAAGGCUGUGCGGGGUUUUGCUGAGAACCCUACGGAGAAUGUUAUCACACCAGUUACUGGCACAACAUUUGACUCGGUGGGAGAGGCUUAGACUUCUACAACUUGUACUCCUAUGAGAAGGGGUUCGGUAUUCGUUAUGGCAAAAGCAGGUUAAAUGUGGAGAGGGCCAAAUGCAUGCAGGAAAUAGUUUGUGGUUGCUCGGGGAAAGCAGGGGUUGAGAACACAAGAUCUUGUCGUUGUGAGUGUCCUGCUCUAAUUAGGCUGCUACGAGCUGAGGACAACGGAUGGUACAUUGCAGAGCAUAGGGAUACACACAACCACUCCUUGUCGCCUAAUUUCAGUGAGACAAUGCACUGGCCAUCUCACAAACACAUCGAUGUGUACACCAGAGAUCUUGUGAAGCAGCUGAGGCAGAACAAUGUGAAUUUGGCAAAGGUGUACAGCAUCAUUGGGGGUUUCUUUGGAUCGAUGGAGAAUGUUCCAUUCAUGAAGAGGUCAUUGCGUAAUCUGUGUGGGAAGAUAAACAGGGACCAUGCAGAAGAUGAUGUGAAGAAGACAAUUGAUGUGUUUGCCGAGAUAGGGGCUAAAGAUCCACACUUCACAUACAGGGUUCAAUCUGACAACGAGGGGAGGAUCAAGAAUCUGAUGUGGGCAAGCGGGAGCAGUAGGUUGCAGUACUCAUUUUUUGGGGAUGUCAUCACAUUUGACACUACUUACCGAACUAACCUGUACGACAUGCCAUUCGGGUUGUUCGUUGGCGUAAACAACCACUUCCAGAGUGUUAUCUUGGCAGGAGUGCUUGUGCGUGAUGAAACUGAAGAUAGUUUUGUAUGGGUUUUCUCCGAAUUCCUGCGAAUGAUGGGUGGCUCUCCACCUGUGACCAUACUAACAGAUCAGAACCGGGCUAUGGAGCUUGCAAUCAAGAACGUUAUGCCAAACACGACCCACCGGUGGUGCAAGUGGCAUGUCCUGAAGAAAGCGAAAGAGUCACUCGGUAGCUUGUACACAAAGAAAAGUGAAUUCAGGGCUGAAUUUUAUAAGGUGAUAAAUCACAUGUUGACUGAAGAUGAAUUUGAAAAAGGUUGGGAGACGCUGCUGGACAAGUACAAGCUGCGAUCUCACCAAUACAUGACAAACCUAUUUGAGAUUCGUAGGAAAUGGGCAAAACCUUAUUUUAAGGGCGUUUUUUGUGCAAAAAUGACUAGCACGCAAAGGAGUGAGAGUGCAAACCAUAUGCUAAAAAAUUAUGUCCCUCCUGGUUGCCCUAUGCACAUGUUUGUUCACAAAUACAUGAGGUUGCAAUUCGACCGGGAAUCGGAGGAGAACUAUGAAGAAAAACGAACGCGAAUUGGAAGGCCGUUGCUAAGAGCGAACCUUGCUGUGGAAAGACAUGCGAGCAAGAUAUAUACGAGAGCCAUGUUUGAACAGUUUAGGCAUAUACUUUAUGAAUGUGGACCUUAUCAAGUGGAGGAGGUGGAGAAACACCAGACAUAUAUUGCAAUCCACAGCGAAGCGGAGAAGAGAGAGAAAUGGUGCAAGGUGUCGUACAAGGUUACAAUGCUAGAUGGGGGCAAUGAAUUUGACUGCGAGUGUGGACAAUUUGCACACAUGGGCCUGCUGUGCAGUCAUGUGCUCAAGGUGUUAGAUUUAUUCGGGUUAAAGAAAUACCGGCAAAACAUAUCGUGAAGCGAUGGACAAAAGAUGCUAGAGAUAAACUUCCAGCUCACCUAGUGCAGUACCAAAAGGAUAGCAUGAAGAAUAAUCCAUUUUCAUAUAGGCACUUCACAAUGUACAUGCACGCGAUGGAAUUGGUGAGAUUAGGGGACACCAGUGUUGAUGCAUACAACCGUCUGAUGGAAUUGUUCAAAUCUAAUUUGACAGUAAUGCUACCGUUUGCGGAAG